AUGUUUCUCGAUAAUGAAUUCGGACACAAAUGCGAUGUGUGCGAUCGCAUUUGGUUUAAACGAGAUUUGAAGGCCAUGGAUUCGGUGAUGGCAAAUUUUCUGAUUCCAUAUUUCCCGGAUGAAAAUGUUCACUCAUUCAGACUCUGCCACAAUUGUUAUAAGGUCUGUCGAGGAAGGAAGAUCCCAAAUCUCAGUAGAGUUAACGGGUACAGGUAUCCUCCUAAGCCGGUGGACCUUCCAAAACUGGAUCCGGUGUCCGAGAGGCUGAUUUCUCCGCGAAUCCCUUAUAUGCAAAUUCGUCGUUUACGUCACGAGGGAUCAUAUGGUAUAAUUGGGCAGGUCAUCAAUGUCCCGGUGGACGUCGACACCAUGGUUCGAUGCUUGCCGCGAUCUCUCGAUGAUGAUUAUGCUUUCAACGUCAAUUUGAAGAAGAACAUCGUACACAAAUCAUCAUACAUUAGUGGGUUUGUGAAAAAGUCUACAAUCCAUAAAUGGCUGAAAUAAUUGGUUCAACAGCCUCUCUACAAGCAUUACAAUAUCACCAUUGAUUGGUCCGUCUUCAAUGAGUCCGCAACGAGCUCGGGAAAUGACGACGAGGAUCAGAUUGAACGCAUAGAUGCGUGUACCGUUUCGGAAGCUGAGUUGAUCCAUUCACGACAACACACGUUGAUAUGGAAUGAGGAACAUUCUCUGAACAUAGCUCCGGGUCAGCAUCGGAGACCGGAGAGUUUAACUCUCGACACCUUUGCCGAGGAGAUGUCUUUCCCGGCAGUAUAUCUCGGAUGUGGACGACAUAUACGGUCUAUCACAGGGGAAAAAAUUCCCGCAACAGCGUACAGCAUGUGCAUGUCGGAAAUCCGUCGGAGUGAUCGACGUGGAGUGAUUCCUCAACAUGUGCUUUAUAUGGCCAUGAAGAUUCUUCGACAUCGGGUCCGUGAUGGUGUCCAAAACAUGUAUCGUUGCAUGCGACAAACCGAGACGAUUACCCGUAGUAUGAUAGAAGAUCGUGAAUUCGUUGAGCGAUUGAUUGAGACGAAUCAGGCAUUCCUGAGAACGAUCCCAAAUUCGGUGCAAUAUUGGUCAUAUCGUAAGAAAGAUCUAUUCGCUAUGAUUCGUCAGUUCGGCAAACCGACCGCAUUUCUUACGCUCAGCGCAAGCGAGACGAAAUGGCCUCAUCUUUUGCGUAAUCUUUACAAUCUAUCAGAUGAGUACAAGUCACUUGGCGAGGACAUCAGAGUGGAAGAAAUUUUCGAAAAACUUGAUAGAUAUAAGCGCGCGUUCCUAGUCGCGGAGGAUCCCGUUGCCUGUGCCAUGUAUUUCGAUAAGUUGGUACACGUUCUCAUGUCUAUGUUGAGCGCUAAGAAGCCAUACAAUCCCUUCGGACGAUACCGUGUUCUGGACUACUUCCUGCGCAUCGAGUUUCAAGCCCGCGGGAGCCCUCACGCGCACAUUCUUCUCUGGCUCAAUGAUGAUCCGAACGAAGACAUAUCGGAAGAAAUGCCGCGCACGUUGCAAAUGAUCACUGAUUUGUGCAGCGUUGAUGCGUCAGAUUUGUCCACCCCAGAUAUGAUACAGAAUCAAACCCAUGCACACACGUUCACAUGCACGAAGAGGGGUGAACAGAGUUGUCGAUUCGAAAUCCCAUACUGGCCGAUACAUCGCACCAGACUCUUGCUACCCUUGAGUAAAGAUGAUGGUAGGCGAAGAAGUCUAAAAAUUAAAGUCGCUGACGCUCGGAAGAAAUUAGAGAGUAAAACAUACGACUCUAUAGAAGCCUUCAUGAUGGACAUAAACUGCGAUUGCGUCACCUAUCUGGAACUGAUCAGAUCAUCCUUGAAAAGGCCCACUAUACUUUUCAAAAGGAACAUGUCGCAAAUAUUCAUCAACACAUUCCAUCCAUGGAUAGCGUCGGUACUUAACGCCAACAUGGACUUACAAAUCAUUCUUGAUCCGUAUUCCUGUGCGAAUUACGUAGUCGAGUACGUCAACAAGUCCAAUAGAGGGUUCAGUCAUCUGCACCGGGAGCUCAUGAAAAUACACGAAGCAAAUCCCGAAUUCGAUCAAUGUCAGCUCAUGACAAAAGUCGGUCUGAAGAUCCUGAAUAGCGUGGAGAUGACGGCCCAGGAAGCCGCUUGGUACUUGUUGCGCCAACCGAUGAGCUGGGCUUCGCGAGGGACCGUAUCGAUUCCAACGAUGCGACCACAUGAGAGAUACAGAGCACGCAAACGCAAAUCCGUCAUGGAUGCUCAAAAUUUGGCGAGCGACAGCACCGAUAUAUGGACGAAGAAUAUCAUCCAAAAGUAUGAAGAACGAGCGCUAUCUCUGGAAGAACUCACACUCGCGCAAUUCGCAGCAUGGUACGAGGCAGCGAAGAAACCGAUAAGUGAAGAGGACGAAAGCUCCAACUAUCGGAAACGUGCCACGAGAAAAGUUAUUAGAUAUCGUAUUUAUGAUGUAAGUGAUACAGAGAACUUCAAGCAAGAAAUGGUAACGCUGCAUAUACCCUUCCGAAAUGAGCUCAUCGACGUUAUCGAUCGCGAUAAAUACCUCGAGAUCUAUGACAAAAAUGAAGAGCUCAUCAUGGAAAGGCGGAAAGAAUUCGAAGCGAACAUAGACAUAGAGACUCUUCUGAAAGAGGUAGAAGCUCUAUGUUCCAUGAAUGAGGAGAUUUCCACGACCGAAGCAGCGGAAGGUAUGGACAGCGUGACGACGCAAGAAUUCCAGCCCAAUGACGAUGAUUUCGAUGAUCAUCAUCUCCAGAAUUCCAUAAGCGCGGUUAGACCGCGCGAAAAUGUUCUGAGCAAGAAUGACUACUGCCAUUGGAUGCGACAGCUGAACGCGGAACAGCGUGAAUUGAUUUUGGAAGUCAUUCAUCGCCUGCAUGAUCCCAAUAGUGAAGCGAUUCAGAUUUUCCUUACUGGACCGGCGGGGUGCGGUAAAACGUACACGCUGAAGGCUCUCAUGGAAACAUACAAUCGAUAUGCGCAAGAACACAACACCAUGAAUAACGCAUAUAUAUCGACGGCAACCACAGGGAAGGCAGCAACGGCAUUGAAUGGCGUCACCGUUCAUUCAGCAUUCAAACUCGCUCUAUCCAACCGAGCUCAUCAACUUUCCAACGACGUCCUACAAACAUAUCGCUAUCAUUUACGGAACGUCAAAUGCGUUAUCAUAGAUGAGAUAAGCAUACGCAGCUCGCAUGUCUUCCACGGGGUGAACACACGCUUGCAGGCAAUGACGGGCGAAUUCGACGCGAACUUCGGGGGUUUAGAUUUGUUUGCAUGCGGCGACCUGAAACAACUACCACCAGUUAGAGCGGCCCCAGUCUUUACAGCAACCAAUAGUUCGAUCGGGGGGAAAGCGAUCCUUUGGCAGUCACUGAAAUACUUCCCGCUCGUGCAAGUUGUGCGUCAAAGUGAUAUCGGGUUCUCCACAUUACUAACAAAGAUUGGAUGCGGCGAAGCAUUAUCACAAGCCGAGACCGACAAAAUACAAUCACGAUUUCGUACGCGGCGCUGGAGUGAUGCUAAUUUAUCCACCGAUGUCGUGAGGCUCUAUCACACAAGUGCAGACGUCCGAGCCUAUAAUGAUUCCGCGAUACCGGUAACAGAAUCCACGCAUAAUUGUAUCGCCACAGAUGUAUACACUGGUUACAGAACAGAAGCCGAAAGGAGGAAUGCGAUAGGAAAAAUGCACAGGAAAGAUAUAAGAGAUACGGGGAAUUUACCAUACACAAUAACCCUGGCAGAAGGAUAUCCAUACAUGCUGACAGUGAACGUGGAUGUUGAGGAUGGUCUCGUGAAUGGUGCGAUAGGCCAACUACGACACGUCGAACAUUACGCACUGGACAAAGACGACCUAGACCAUCGUCGGGUUUGGUUAAGUUUCGAGAACGAUCACAUCGGGCGUAAACAACGUCAGAAGUACAAGGCGCACGUAAAUAGCAAACCACAUGAUCUCAAUGAUCCGGGACGUUUUCACGCCCCACCAACGGUAGUGCUUGAGCACUACCUCUUCAGGAAUUUUUCUCCACAAUUCAUUCAAAGAUCUGAAAAAGUCAGAAUCUUGGCAAACGUCCGAUGGAGGCAUAUCCGGAAACGCCAGAGGUCAAAAUCUCGGAUCCGGGACGCCAUCGAUGUCGUGAGAAAGAAGUAUUGUCCUAGUCGAUGCGAGAGGUUGAUCCGCUGGCGCUAG